AAACUUUCAUCCUCCCAAGUUUUUGUAUUUACCCUAUUUACUAUUAUUUACAUUAGUGAAACAAAUUAAAAAACAUCAAAUACACAAUUUUUGACAGUCGAAGUAUUAAUUGUUUUAUUUAUUUAAAGUAAAUAACGGAAAAACAUUAAUUAUUGUAUCUUUUGUGUGUGUAUGUGAAUUUUUAAAGCUAUCAUUAUAUUGAAAAGUAAAAUGUCAUUAAAAUAUUAUGAAAAUUGAUUCAAGAGUUAAAAAACUAUUAAAUUUAUCGCAAUGAAUAUUAAAGAAAAGGAAAAAUACAUUGAAGAAUUCAAUUUUCCUUUUUGUGAUGAAUCCAGUAAAUAUGAAAAAGUUGCCAAAAUUGGUCAAGGAACUUUUGGAGAGGUUUUUAAAGCCAGAGAUAAGAAAUCGAGUAAAAAAUUUGUGGCUAUGAAGAAAGUUUUGAUGGAUAAUGAAAAGGAAGGGUUUCCAAUAACUGCUCUGAGGGAAAUUAAAAUAUUGCAGGUUCUAAACCAUAACAAUAUUGUCAAUUUGAUUGAAAUAUGCCGAACGAAAGGCACCCCCGGUAAUCGAUAUCGUUCAACAUUUUAUCUGAUAUUUGAUUUUUGCGAGCACGAUCUCGCAGGAUUACUUUCAAAUGUAAACGUUAAAUUUAGUUUAGGAGAAAUUAAGCAAGUAAUGGUGCAAUUGCUUAAUGGACUUCAUUACAUUCACAGCAAUAAAAUUUUACAUCGUGAUAUGAAGGCUGCAAACGUUCUCAUAACGAAGACAGGAAUUUUAAAAUUGGCUGAUUUUGGUUUAGCUCGAGCCUUUAGUCCUAAUAAAAAUGGACAACCAAAUCGUUAUACAAAUCGGGUAGUAACCCUUUGGUAUAGACCUCCAGAAUUAUUAUUGGGAGAAAGAAAUUAUGGUCCACCUGUCGAUUUAUGGGGUGCUGGAUGUAUAAUGGCAGAAAUGUGGACAAGAUCACCAAUAAUGCAAGGAAACACAGAACAACAACAACUUACUCUUAUCUCACAGCUGUGCGGAUCUUUUUCACCUGAAGUCUGGCCCGGUGUGGAGUAUUUAGAUCUUUACUAUAAAAUAGAACUGAUUAAAGGACAAAAAAGAAAAGUAAAGGAUAGAUUAAAACCAUACGUGAAAGAUGCUUAUGCCUGUGAUUUAUUGGAUAAAUUAUUGAUACUUGAUCCGAGCAAGAGAAUUGACGCUAAUCAAGCGAUGGAUCAUGAAUUUUUUUGGAACGACCCAAUGCCCUGUGACCUCAGUAAAAUGUUGUCGCAAUAUACUCAAAGCAUGUUUGAAUAUUUAGCACCGCCAAGACGAUCUGGUAAUUUGAGGCAUCCAAAUUAUCAUAUUGCAGAAAGUAGCAAUAAACCGAGUACAAGUGUUGUCGAUGGUGGUUAUCAAGAUCGUGUUUUUUAGCAAAUUGAACAUGUUUUCUUCUACCAUCGAAUAUUUAAGGCCUUGGAUAAAAACGAUGAGCAUUUAAGGUACAAUUCUCAGUUGAGAGUCAAAAAGAAAUCAAUUUUUGUUUUUGCUAAAAGAAUUUUUUUUAAAUUACUUAAAAUAAUAAAACUGAGAAAAUUCAGUACAAAAAAAAGAAAGGCGAUUAGAGAUAGAGUUAAACAAAUUUUUCUAAUUUUUUUAUGAAAGUUUAAAUAGAAAUGAAGUUAAAAGUAGAAUUAAUUAUUUUUAUAUAUUUUUUACCUAUUAUUAAUUUAAAAAUUUCUUUUUUCCAAAAAAAGUAGUUUAUAGUAUAAUUUUUGGUAAAAAGUCAUAUUAUUAAAAAUUUUUUUUCUUCUGUUUUUACAAAACAAAUUAUUUAUUAAAGUAUUUAAAUUAUAUCCAAU